AUGGCUGCUGCCCUAACUUCUGCAAACGCACAACCUUCUGAGAACAAGCAACUUGGCCAAUACUUUGAAUCGGCAACCCCGUUUAAGAAAUCCCCAUCUCUCCCCAACGACAUCCUCUACGAGAUCUUCAGCUACUAUCUACGCGAGCAGGAGGCCGAGAUCCGCAACCCCUCACCUGAGAGGAAUCCCGACAGCGCCACAAAGCUACGGUCGACCCUCUGCUCAGUCCUCUUUCUAUCCCGCCGGUUCUAUCUCCUCGUCCGGCCGUUCCUCUAUCACACGAUAUGUCUUUCAAACAGCGUCGAUGUCGAAAAGUUAUAUAACACCGUGCGAGCGAAUCCGUCUAUGAGGAAGCAUGUGAAAGCGCUUCUUGUGAUGGAGCCGACGGAUUUUAGCACGUUUCCCAAAACAAAGGAUCCCACGCCGGACCUUCUAGAUAUCGUUCCCAGACGGAAACAUAGGGUAUGGUACCCGCGGGAGCACAGUACUGCUCUGCAAGCUGGUAUCCGGGUCAAGGUUCCAAAAUACCUUUAUCUGUUUCUUCACCAGGCUCGCCGCUCGAGAGAUGCAGGAUCAGACGGAGGUGGAGGUUCGGCCCUUGCCCUUGCUCGGCAGCGUAGAGGAAGUCGACAUUUAGAGAAUCCGCUACCCAAAUCAAGGCUCCUUCAUGCACGUUUUCGUGUACCGGCCCAACAUACAGUCGCUCUCCAUCUCCCAGACUGUGCCGGUGCUGAAGCUGUAUUUCCGGUCGCAGUCCGGCAUCAACACCUCGUCGAUCCGCAAACUGACGGUCUCGAGCCCGAUCAUUCUUAUGGACUCGUCAACGCUGGUGCGGUGCGCCCCCUGAAGUCUUUGGAAGUUCUCAGUCUGCACUUGUGUCCCAUGUUCUUCUUCCGCCCCGACGAGCAGAGUUACCUAGAAGCGGCGCUCCAGACCCAAGCCACCAACCUGAAAGAACUCCGUCUCUCCGCACACUCCACGACAGCCCCCAAGCUAUCCUGGUACCCACGGUACAAGCCCUACGUCCUCUCGUAG